ACAUCACUCCGGCGCAGGGCUCAAUGAAAGUGAACUGAAAGAGGAAAAAAAAAAACCUUUAGAGGAGGAAGCUGACACAUAAGGAAACUGAAUCCUACACUUCAUAGCGAGUACACCGGCGUGCGCGCAGUAUGAUAACGGCAUUAAGACGAGUGCUUUAAAUAAGAUACACCCAUUGCAACUAGCGUGGCUCUCUGAUAUUUAUAGGGACCGUUUUCGCAGGUAAAAAAAAAAAAAAAAAUGUUACAGUCUCUUACGAGCAACUCCUGCGUGCGUCUGAUUCAAAGCAAUAAAUCAACAUGGUAUUUCUUAUUUCUGGUCCUCGGUUACGUGUUGUAUCUCAUCUUCGGCGCCGUGGUAUUUUCCUCGGUGGAGCUGCCGUACGAGGAUCUUCUGCGGCAAGAGCUCCGGACCAUCAAGCGCCAGUUUCUGCAGGAGAACAAAUGUAUUUCAGAAGAGAGGCUGGAGGAGUUCUUGGCUAAAGCGCUGGAGGCCAGCAACUACGGGGUGUCUGUUCUCAACAACGCUUCGGCCAACUGGAACUGGGACUUCACCUCGGCGUUGUUUUUCGCCAGCACUGUGCUCUCCACUACCGGGUACGGCCACACCGCCCCUCUGUCGGACGGCGGCAAGGCCUUCUGCAUCGUCUACUCGGUGAUCGGGAUCCCCUUCACCCUCCUCUUCCUCACGGCGGUGGUGCAGAGGAUCAUGGUGUUCAGCACGCGCCGGCCCGUGGUGUACGUGCACACGCGCUGGGGCCUGUCCAAGCCGCUGGUGGCCGCCGCGCACGCCUCGCUGCUCGCCGUCGUCACGGUGACCGGCUUCUUCCUCCUGCCGGCCGCCGUCUUCUCCGCCCUGGAGGAGAACUGGAACUUCCUGGAGUCCUUCUACUUCUGCUUCAUCUCGCUCAGCACCAUCGGCCUGGGCGACUACGUGCCCGGGGAGGGCUACAACCAGAGGUUCCGUGAGCUCUACAAAGUGGGCAUAACCAUCUACCUGCUCCUGGGUCUGAUCGCGGUGCUGGUGGUGUUGGAGACGUUCUGCGAGCUGCAGCAGCUGAAGCAGCUGAGGAAGAUGUUCUACCUGAAGAAGGAGAAGCCGCAGGACCGGCUCACCUUCCUGGAGCACGACCACCUGUCCUUCACCUCUGUGUCCGACCAGGCCGCCUCCUUCCACGAGAACAAGACCGAGCCCUACGUGGACGUGCCGGUCCUCUCCUCCCCAGCAGGGGGCGAUCUCUUGAUCAGAUAAGGGACGGCAGGGGGUCAGGGGUCGAGAAGCCAGAGGGGGUUGUGGGAGUUGGGCGGUUUGCCGAGACUUUUCAGUGUUCCAACCAGUAUUCCUUACUUGUAGCUCGACAGGCUUGAUAUUGCUGUUCUCUAUAGACAAUAAGAGACUAUCUAAUGCCAUUAUCAAGGGAAAUGCAUUUCCUGUGAAACAUACAGUAUUGUUUGUUCUACUAUGUGUACAAAUGUUAUCUCCAAACUUAAGGAAAGCAGUAUAAAUAUAAACA